AGAUGCAAGAACAUUACUCAAAACACAGACUCAACAUAGUGUUGUUUCCUUGGCGAGUGGAUCAUUCCAUUACUUUGGUAUACAGAAAAUGUUCAGCCACAUAUUUCAGAAGCUUACAUCAGUUGUCCGGAAUCAUCACAGCUUCAAAUUGCAAUUAAACAUGGAUGGUCUUCCAAUUUUUAAAAGUUCAGGUGUACAGUUCUGGCCAAUUUUAGGAAUGCUCCAGGCUUACAGUAGAAAACCUGUGCUGAUUGCUCUUUACUGUGGGAAAUCGAAGCCUCAGUCCUUGUCAGAAUAUCUGAAGGAUCUGGUCUGUGAGUUGAAAUCCUUGAGCACUGGUUUUGUUGUUAAUGGAAAGACCUUCUUCUUGACUGUGUGCUCGGUAAUCUGUGAUGCUCCUGCGAGGGCUUUUAUUAAGGGUAUUAAGUCACACAAUGGAUACAGUGGCUGUGAUAAAUGUGUACAGUCUGGCAUUUACAUUAAUAAUCGCAUGACAUUCCCAGAACUUAAUUCUAGGGUAAGAACCGAUGUUUCUUUUUCAAAUGCAGAGGAUGAAGACCACCAUGUACAACAUUCCCCAUUUUGUGAAACAUCUGUUCCCAUGGUUAGUGGAUUUCCACAUGACUAUAUGCAUUUAGUGUGCUUAGGCGUGGUGCGUCGUCUGCUUGAUUUGUGGAUGGGAACUCGCGGCAAGUUGAGUUACCGUAUUUCAUCCAGGCAAGUGUCUAUCAUUUCUGGCAAACUGCUUGCUCUCAAGAGUUACAUACCCUCUGAAUUUGCUAGAAGACCAAGGGCACUUGAUGAAAGGUUACGAUGGAAAGCAACAGAACUUAGGCAGUUCUUACUUUACACUGGUCCAGUAGUUUUGAGGGAUGUGCUGACUACUGAGGUUUACCAAAAUUUUAUGUUGUUGUCUGUGGGCAUAUAUAUCUUGGCAAGUCCAACAUAUUGUUUGCUGUUAAAUGACUUUGCAAACACACUACUUAGAUCAUUUGUUAAGCAUUUUGGGGAACUCUAUGGUCAUUGUUUUUUAGUGUACAACAUACAUGGUCUGACUCAUCUCAGUGAUGAUGUGAAGGUGCAUGGCCACUUAGAUUUAAUUUCAGGGUUUCCUUUUGAAAACUACUUAAAAAAAAUUAAAGGAAUGGUUAGAAAACCUAGCUCACCACUGCAGCAAGUUAUACGCAGAAUUUCAGAACUUGAUUCAACAAGUUUAAAUGAUGAGGAAACCCGGAAAGCUCACAAAAAAAUGAAAAUGCUGCACUCAGAUGGACCUGUUCCAGAAGGAUUCACAGGAGCGGUCUCCCAAUUUAAGGAACUGUCGAUAGAUGAGGUUGUCAUCAACACAUCAGAGAGGGACAGAUGUAUAAAGAUGAACAAUAAGAUACUAUUGGUUCAGAAUAUAAUUGUCUUUGAAGGUGAGGAAUAUAUUGUCUGCAAAGAAUAUAGACACAUUGCAAAGUUCUUUGAUUAUCCCAUUGAGUCCACAGAUUUGGGAAUUUGUUUUGUGUCAGAUCUGUCACCAAAGCUGAUGUGCUUAACAUUAGAUACCAAUAUGCAGAAGUGCGUCCGGUUGCCUUUGGAGGUUGGAUUUGUUGUCAUUCCACUUCUUCAUGCAGACCCAUCCUAAAUGUCAUUCAUAGCGUGGUGUUUUGGUAGUCUUUAAAUCUGAAUUUUAGAUAGUCCAAUCUUUUUCAAAUUGAAUUAAUUUAUGUGCAGAUUGGCAUUUAGACAGCAGUGACAGAGUCCAGCCUGCCUUGGGUUAUUUCAGUAGGUCAUGUUUUACAUUGUAGAGUUUCUAGAAACCCAAGAAGUUGAAGUGGUACCAGCACUUUGGGUUGAAAAGGAAAUAUGUCAAUGGCCAGCUCAAUACAGACGUGAUGAAUUAGUAAAGGCCAUACGAAGUGAGGAGCAACCUGGACACACGUGGGACGCAUAUUGUGUUCGAAUUUUAUAUAAAGCUGCAACCUACAAAGCUGCUCGUCUAAAACUUCCUCAAGCGGAAACACAAACUGACCUUCAAACAGCAGAGGAAGAAGAUGUGGAUGACAUUCCAAAGAAAAAGCGAAAAAGGCUACCAAACAUUCACUUUGAGAGCGACGACGAAGAUUUGGUCAAACAAAAAGGAUUGUUGCCUCCAGCCCCAAAGAUAACAGGACCAAACUUUGCAAUUGAGUCUGCAAUAAAGAGAAGGGUUCAAAAGCUUGAAACCCCAAAGCAUAUGACAAGUCCUGAGCCCAGACACUCUGUGACAAGUCCUGAGCCCCGGCGUGCUGAAAAAAGCCCCGAACCCAGUCGGUCUAUGGGAAAUUCUGAAGCACAACAGUCAGGAACAGUUACUUUAAGUGGUCUUGCUCCUCUUCUGCAUAGAAUUCUUACAAAUCAGGAAAUGAUGAUGGAUCAACUCAAAGUCAUUCUGAUGAACAUGCAGAAAAUGGGCGAACCUGCUCAUGGGCAGGAUCCCAUCGACAGAGACUUACUGCCACUGAAAGAUCUUACCUCCCUGCUGGCUCUGGAAAAACGUCUGAGGGAAGAGGCUGACCUCAAAAAAAAUGGUAACUAA